AUGAAAGAUGAUUUUGUAUUAGAUACAAAACUGGAAGAUACUGAAGGUGAUAUAGAUGAUGAUAAAGACCAUGAUUUCAACUGGAACGAUGUGGAUAUGGAUGAAAAAGGAGAUGCUGAUGAAAAAAAUACGAAACGAAGUAACACUUAUCGACGUCUAAAAGCAGUCUACGAUAAAUAUUGCUUUUGGCAUUACUUGUCACCUUUUAUAAAGCGAGUUGUAAUUGCUGCUAUUGGUUCAAGUGUUUUUAUUACGAUUGGUGUAUGUAUUUAUAUCUAUUUUCCAAGACCUACAUUAGCAGACUUGGAAGAUCCAAAUUAUACAAAUGUCCGUGAUAAUGUUCAAGUUUGGAUGUAUUGGGCAGCAUUUAUGUGGCAUAUUACUUGGAUCACAACAUUCAUGAUUGAUGCUGUGCCUCAUCUUGUAUCAAAAUGGACCAAGUUUUUUAGAGGCGGUAGAUCUGAACGUGUAAAGUCAUACUUGGAGUAUUAUCAAUCCUUAAAAUUAUACAUUGGUUUGGUGAUUAUCUUGGCUUGGAAUUGGGGAAGUUGGGCUUUCCUAAUUGAUAUUCCUUAUCAAGCUGUGCUUAAACAAUUUUAUACUACUACAAUUUGGCGUAUAUUUGCAUGCUUAUUUGUGGCCUCCGUUUUUUUGCUGGUUCAAAAAACAAUUAUUCAAGUCAUUGCCAACCGUUUCCAUAGAUUUGCUUUUGAAGACCGUAUAAAAAAUAAUAAAAAAGCUAUCAAAGUAUUGGAUAUUCUUGGAAAGGUAGAAUAUCGAAAUACUCGUUUUUCUGCAGCCCAAACAAAAUUAAGAAACAGAAAGAAUAAUCGACCUACACUUAAUAAUCAACAGCCUACUAACGAAACAAUAGAAGUUACAUCAGGACAAAGUUCAAGUGUUUUAACAAACGAUUUUACAAUAAACAAUCAGAACGGUUCGCGUAGUGGUUCAGCCGAUUUACUAUAUUCAUUCAAAAAGAAUUUAAAAAAGGCAGUUAUUAAUGAUCAUCCAAGGGCUGUACGACGUCGAGAAGAGCUAGAUAUUAAUUCUGAUGAUUACGCAAGAAAAAAUGCUAAAAAACUUUAUAUAUCACUUGCUUAUCCACAGGGGGUUCCAUCAGAUGAACAAGAAGCACGUCGAUGUUUGCUAAUUUCAGAUUUUGAACCUUACUUCAAGACAGCACAAGAAGCUAAAAUAGCAUUUGAUAUCUUUGACCGUGAUGGGAAUGGUGAUAUUACUCGACGUGAGUUUCGAGAUACUGUCCUCCAUAUUUAUAGGGAGCGUAAAGAUAUUGCUAUUUCUAUGCGAGAUACAAGUCAAGUAUUGGGCAAGAUUGACUUUAUGUUAUUAAUUGUAUCCUUGAUUGCCUUACUCUUAACCUCUUUCGCAAUCUUUAAUGUUGAAGUAUGGCAUUCCCUUGUUCCUUUAGGUUCUCUUUUGUUAGCCAUGACAUUUGUUUUUGGUAAUACUGCUAAGAACACAUUUGAAAGUAUCCUAUUUUUAUUUGUCACUCAUCCUUAUGAUACUGGUGAUUAUGUCUUAAUCGAUGGUCAAUAUUUACUUGUUCAUAAUAUGGGUAUCAUGGGUACAACUUUUAUUAGUGGUGAUGGUCAAACCAUAUACGCACCUACAACCGUGUUAAUGACAAAGCUUAUUACAAACGUAAGACGAUCAGGCAAUAUGGGUGAGACUAUCAAGAUUAAUGUAGAUUUUCGUACAACUACAGAACAGUUCUAUGAAUUGCACGAUCGACUAAGUGCUUGGGUAUUGACACAGCAUCGUGACUUUGGAGCUGGAUUAGAUGUACGUGUUCAAGACAUUAUUGACGUAAACCAACUCAUCUUAAACAUUUGGCUACCUCAUAAGGGUAACUGGCAAGAACUGGGUAAACGAUUCAAGAGAAAAACUCGAUUUAUGUUAGCCUUGAAAGAUAUUUUGAAUGACUUGAAUAUUCGAUACGAAUUACCUACUCAAAAGAUCACUCACACAACACCAAAUGGGCCUUCGAUAUUUAAUAAUCAGUCAUAUGGACAUGCUUCACAACUUGAAGUGUCUUCUCAAUCAUUUGAUACAACGCAACUUUCUACGCCCUCAGAUCCUCGAGAAGCAGCAGCUUUAGAAGCUAUUAAAAAAGAAAGGAUUCAACGUGGACGAUAUAAUGUUGAUCAUAGCGGGUCAGCAUCUUCUACUGGUGAUGGUGGAUGGUAG